AUGUCCCAAGACAUUUCACAGGAGGAAUAUAAAACCAAUUAUGACACAGGAUUACACAAUGAGAUACUAGGUGUCCUUUUUAGUAUUGAAGUAACAUCAACAUUUUUUGCUGUCAGAAAUUACUGGCGUGGUUUCUUUGCUGCUACCUUCAGUGCCUUUAUUUUCCGAGUUCUGGCUGUGUGGAACAAAGAUGAAGAAACCAUCACUGCCUUGUUUAAAACUCGAUUUCGUCUAGAUUUUCCAUUUGAUCUUCAAGAACUGCCAGCUUUUGCAGUCAUUGGGAUUGCUAGUGGUUUCGGUGGUGCCCUGUUUGUCUACUUCCACAGGAAGAUAGUUGCAAUCAUGAGAAAACAAAAAACCAUUAAUAAAUUUUUGAUGAAAAAGCGGUUGCUUUAUCCAGCAUUGGUGACAUUGCUUAUUGCCACACUCUCAUUUCCUCCAGGAUUUGGUCAGUUCAUGGCUGGAGAG